AUGUAUAAACCUUUAUCUUAUUUUACACGUAAUGCCCGCUCCUACGACAAUUCCCCUUCGUGGGCAUGGGCCACAUUCAGGGAAACAUUAUCGUCGUCCUCGUCGUCGUCGUCAGGUGUGGUGCCGCGCGCAGCGGUGGACGAUCGACGGGCAGGUUCCCGGAAUUCUUCCAGCCCUCUGUCGCGGACCGCCGCCCUCAAGUACAAGCUCGAGAUAAGAAAGAUGGCGAACGCCGCGGCGAUAUCCAAAGUAACCAAGAAGAGCCUGAUCGUGGCCUCCUGGGACCCGAUGCUCCACUUGAACGAGCAGCCUACGCCAUCUUGUCUGACGAGGGUGACGCGGGACAUCGCGGAGAUCAAGGCCGACCCGCUGCCAGGGAUCUUCAUCUUUCCCGAAGAGAGCGACCUCACCAGAAUCCACGCCAUCGUGGUGGGACCCGAGGGAACGCCGUACGAGGGCGGGUUCUUCCACUUCUUCAUGAAGUGUCCCCCGAACUACCCGAUUGUUCCACCACGUGUGCGCAUCAUGACCACGGACGCCGGUAGAGUGCGCUUCAACCCGAACCUUUACGCGUGCGGAAAGGUGUGCCUCAGCAUUCUGGGCACUUGGCCAGGACCCGCAUGGAGCCCAGUACAGAACAUCGGCACCGUCCUCAUCUCAAUACAGUCGCUCAUGAACGAGGAGCCCUUCUACAACGAGCCGGGUGUGUCAACCAUGCCAGUUUUCUCCGCACGCUACAGCGACAGGGUGCGACACGACACCGUCAGGGUGGCCAUAUGCGACGCCGUCGAAGCUUGCCUUCAGGAGCAACCGCCCUACCCGCCGUACUUGGUCGGCGCGAUCCUGAAGACAUUCGCCGACUCGUACGGCAAGUACGAGGACAUGGUCAAACGCCUGGUCCAACUGAACAACUCCUGGCAGUUGACGCGGAUCCUAGGGGUUACUGCCACGUAUGAGUACGAGCCGCUGCUUUCGCGCCUGAGGCAGCUUGGCCCACGGGUCCAGGACAAGAUCGCAGCGGAUGCCGCUGCCGAAGGAAGCGCGCAAUGA